UAUUAGUUGCCUCUAUCUUCAGAACGGACUGUCCGGAGUCCUUCGGCGAAUUUAGGUUAGGAAGCAUGGUAGGCACGCUGUCUGCAACCGGUUGUAGUCUUAUUCCGCUAUGAAUCCGACUUGAUACGAUGAAAUGAGUCUUCCAGUAAGCAAGUAUUUGGAAAUCGUCGUGACGUGAUGUGACGCGAGACACGUUUUCGUCCAAAUCCGUGGCGAAUAUUUUAAAAUGUAUCCUACCGAUCUGACGAAAACGAUUUCACCGUCGGCUACCGACAAAGGAGUGUUUCUGAGCGACACCGAGCUCGAUAAGAUCGCUCUAUUCCUCGUUGGAAACCAGCAACGCUUUAGAGAAAACAUUAUAAUCCCUACGAUGAUGGGGCCCGUGCAAAUAAAGACCAUCGAGGAGAAGAGGAUAGAGAGGAUGAUGGAAAGCUGUGUAUUUAAGAGCAUUAUGAGUUGUGUUAUUGGAUAUGGUUUGGGAGCAGCCAUUGGACUGUUCUCCUCCAGUGUGAAUCCCAACGUAGCGAGCGUAGAGAAACAACAGAGCGCGCGAGAAAUAUUCAGGGAGAUGAAAACCACGACUCUCAGUUAUGCGAAAAACUUCGCGGUUGUUGGAUGUAUAUUCUCUGGCAUUGAGUGCACAAUAGAAUCGUAUAGAGGUAAAACCGAUUGGAAAAACGGCACAUACGCAGGCGGUUUAACAGGCGGACUAAUUGGCUUAAGAGCUGGAAUAAAAGCGGGUAUAGUCGGUGCCGCAGGCUUCGCGGCAUUCUCAACGGCGAUAGAUUAUUAUAUGCAUAAAUCUUAGACUGCGUAGCAGAGAUUGUUAAAAGAUAUAUAUUUGUAUAAAAGAGAUAUAAAAAUCUAUGUAAUUACGUAUCUAUACAAUUCCUGUAUAAAAACAUGGAAAUGUUUCUGUUGUAAAUAUGCUCGUAAAACUAAUAUCGUGUGUCUGAAUUAAAAGCGUAAAAUAUAUUGCCUUUUUUUAAUUAAUUACCUAAUAGUCAUUCAAUUUCACGUUAAUAUACGAAAUUCUUUUUCUUACGUGUAAUUCUUAUAUGUAAUCACAUUUCAUAUGUUUCGUUGUAUUGCACGAAACGAUUCUCAUAAGGAGAUAUUCGUAUGUGAUAUACACGUAAAGAGUUUCUAAGUCCGUUGUCACAUUUAUCUUAAACAUUACGUUUUUACUUUGAUCAUGUAUGACGAAUAUAUAAUACUUAUGAAUAUUCAGGAAUACAUUUAUCGUUUAUAUGUUUCGUGGACUCGUAUAUACGUGAAGGAGACCUAGAAAAAAAAAAGUUACGAACGGCCAAUUUCAAGGAAAAAAAAUGUUAUAAAUAUAUCUAAAAUUAACUUUGGAUUGUUCUCUAUCUUUUAAAAAGUGUUUGGAACAUUCGUACUUCUUUGCUUCUAGGUCCUAGCUUAAUAUUAACAAUUAAAUGAUACACUGUAUUAAAUGAUACGAUUGCUUUGAAAUAGUCUGGCGUAAUCAUUCAGAUCUUUUUAUCCGAGGAUUGUGUCAGCUUUUUAAAGUUUUUAUACAUCUGUCUUACAUAAAUUCAAUAAGACAUUCUUCAUUCACUAUCGAUCAAAUUUUAUCGAUAACUUAUGAAUGUAUGGCUCAAUUAUGGAAAUCUUUUUGUUUUAAUGCAAUUGAAGCGUUUAUGACAAAUUGUUUGCAUAUUUAUAUAUGGAAAAGUUUUGAAUUUUUUUACGCAUGUUAAUAUUCGUACUGUGAUAGUGAAAUAGAUAAAAGUUGCAAGGCACUUUCUCUUUACAUUUCUUUUCCGCGUGUUACAUUCUAUUGUACAAUAAUUGUCAUUUGAGGUAAAACUCCUAUUUAUUACGUCAUGUGUAUAAGAUAUCUAUUUUCUUUUGAUAAAGAGUGCUGCAUAUACAGCGGAGAUCUACAUAAAAGUUCUUUUGAAAUGUAAAGUUAUUAGGCAUUAGCUUAUAUGAGAUACUUGUAUUCUCAAUCUUGAUUCAUUCGUCUCGCGUUUUACUUAUGCAAUAAAAUCUUAUUUAAAUGCUUAUCUAUAUUCAAAUGCAUGAUCCGAGUAAAACGUUAAGCAGUUUAUCAAUAAUUAAGACAGAAAUCACAUGGAAAAGUGAUAAAUUGAAGACAAAUGCUUUUCUUAAAAAAAAAAAAAAAA